UCAAAUUCAACCCCAGUAGAGGAAGUAUUGAUUUUUUCAGCGAAUGGGACAAUGCAACUUACUUAAAAGCACUAAUAACAAGUAUUAGUGCACGAGCAGAAUACAGCUCGCUGUAUUAAAUCACAUGAAAUGAAGGGGCGGGCUGUAGUUGCAUUUCCUCCUCACAUCCUGCGUUGACCCUCCGAUACCCCCGCCGACUGGACGCACGCCUCCUCCGGAGCAACAAGCCUCGCUGGGGAAAACGAUCUUUUUCUGGUGUUAAGUAAACAGGAGAGAUGGGCAGCUUGUAUAAGGAUGAGCAGGACGACUGGAUCACAGUGUGUCUCAAGUACCUCCUCUUUGUUUUCAACUUCCUGUUCUGGAUGGGCGGCGGGGUAGUGAUGGGCGUCGGGAUCUGGACGCUUGUUGAUAAAGGAGAGUACCUGAGCCUGCUGGCCUCCAGUACAUUCGCCGUGUCCGCCUACAUCUUAAUCGUGGCAGGAGGGCUGGUGAUGGUCACCGGGUUCUUGGGCUGCUGCGCUGUUAUACGCGAGCAGAGGAGCUGUCUGUCCACGUACUUCUCCUGUCUCCUGCUGAUCUUUAUAAUUGAGCUGGUGGCUGGUGUUUUGGCCUAUGUUUACUACCAAGCACUAAGUGAAGAGCUGAAGCAGCACUUGAGCAAGACGAUGACGGAGAACUAUGCCCAACCUGGAAAAGAGAGCAUCACUCGGUCUGUGGACAGACUACAGCAGGAUUUCAAGUGCUGCGGCAGCAACAACUCUUUUGACUGGGUGCACAGCGUGUACAUCAGGUCCUCAGCAGCGGAGAAAAGACUGGUCCCUGACAGCUGCUGUAAGACCAUCACCCCUCAAUGCGGAAAAAGAGAUCACCCCUCCAACAUCUACAAAGUGGAGGGCGGCUGUAUCACUAAACUGGAACAGUUUCUGGCAGAUCACUUGCUUAUUAUUGGUGCUGUGGGAAUAGGCGUGGCCUGUCUGCAGCUGGUAGGAGCAGUGUUGACUGCCUGCUUUACUUAUCUGCUUUAUAAAGAAGAGGAAGAAGACUUUUCUGACGUUUGAUUGGCUAGUGCCAGUGUUUGACUCCUGAAGCGCUAUGCGAUGAGAAGAUUUGUGGGAUGGUGUUCACCUGUUGCCUGCACAGGCGAAUUAAACUGGACCCGUACUGAUGCUCAAAAACGUUAUAUGCCUUUCCAGCACUCCAAACACGGCCGUACUACUGUUUCCAUUUUAAACUGCAUGACCAAAACCAUUUACAGUAAUAUAAGGGCUUUAUUAUCUUUCAUUUGCCACAUUUUUAGACAGAUGUUGUAAUUGUUGCCGCCUUAUGAUCCCUAAUUGUCUUAAAUUAUGUGGUAUAUCGCCUUGUAGUAAUUUAGAUCAGUCAGAAGAAAAGUAUAUUUUGUACUUAAAGUAAAUUAUAAUAUCAUAAAUCAAAAUAUUUUUAUUAAUAACCACUGAUUCACUUAUAUUAAAUGUAUGUAAUGUGCUGCUAGAUCAUAAGCAGGUGUGGGAACCUGCUUAUGGGCACAAAAAAAGAAAGAAAAAAAAAACACUGGACCAAUGUUAAAAACGUCACUAUUCAUUAUUAUAUUUUUCAUAAAAAAUAUAUGAAGCUUGUGGAAAGAUCACUGUUUAGCAUGUUGUUUUUUGGUUCAAAAAUGCAAGGAACAAAUUGAAUUAAACAUGAAAUUUUAAAGUAGAAUAAUGAAAUAAUAUUUUCUUGUAAAGCUUACUCCAAUAAUCACUGAUUUAUAUGGAAAAAAAAGUAUUAUUUUGGCUUUACAGUAAACAAGUGUCUUUUAAAUCUGUGGAUCUCUGCAGAAGUUGUUCUAAACUGAAUAUAAAUUUGGUGUUAAAUAUCUUUCACAAAAAAGAUGAAGGUGCUUUUUAAGCCUUAAUGGUUUUCCCUCAGAUGGAUUGGCUGAAUAUUAUGCUCAUUUUAUGAGAGAUUUCAUUAAAUUUGUGAACUCCCAUUCAAAGUUGUGUCAUGAAACAUUCGACAGAUUGAAGGAAAAGAAUGAGUUCCAUUCCAUUGCAUUGCAACACACAAAUCACAGCUGCAAAAUCUUAAUGUAGUUGCCACAGCAACGUCAGCCUUAUUGAAAUUCAAUGUCAUUUGGGGAAAAAAUGGUUAGGAAAAAAUAAGAUAUGUUACAUUCUUGUUUUCUAUUUUACUCAUUACCGUCUAAUCCAGUUGAUUUAUGCUAGGGAAAGAUUAUGCAUAAUUUAAAAAUGUCGGUGCAAAUAAACAAUCUUUCAUCUGAGCUGCACGGAAGUCUGUAGGUUGUGAUUUAAAAUAUGCAUUUAACUAUUCUGUUAGUCGAUGUAUUAGAUGUAUCUUUCACUUAAAUACUGUUAUGUAUUUGUAGGUUGAAUGUGUAUGCAAUUUGAUUCAUUAAUUCUUUGCCUUAAGACUGUUGCAUCCUUUUGUGUGCAGGUUUAUCUUAAACAGCUGUAUGUUUAUUGUGUUUUUAAAAAAUCUAUUUCAAAUAAACUUAUUUUGUUGACAUAUA